AUGGCUGAAAUCAAGCUCCCCGUCGCGGAAGACGAAUGCCGGAGGACUAGCCUUGUGCGCGCCCAAUGGCUCAGAGCAGCCAUUCUCGGGGCUAACGACGGCCUCCUCUCCACCACCUCCCUCAUGCUAGGUGUGGGCGCUGCUAAAGAGGAUCGCAGCCUCAUGAUCGUCUCAGGCAUUGCCGGAGCUGUUGCCGGAGCCUGCAGCAUGGCCGUGGGAGAAUUCGUCUCUGUCUCCACCCAAAGAGACAUUGAAAAGAUGAGUCUGAACAAGUCCAAUGUAGAAUGUGAAGAUGUCAAGAUUCAAGAAUCUCCUGCGGCUCCGUCCCCAGCGCGAUCCCCCUUCAUGAAGGCGUUGGCAAUGCGAGGGGAUGAGGCCGAGGUGGAGGAGACGCUGCCAAAUCCGUACAAGGCUGCUGGAGCGUCUGCUCUGGCAUUCUUGUGCGGAUCACUUGUCCCUAUAGCGACAGCAUUGGUAUUUUCCAAACAAAGGACGAGGUGCGUCGCCAUAGUAGUUGUCACCACUCUGGCUCUGCUCGUUUUCGGUGGGGCCGGGGCUCGGAUCGGCGGCUCCCCGGUUCGGAUAUCAGCCCUCAGAGUUCUAGUUGGAGGUUGGAUUUCGAUGGCUGUCACCUACGGAUUGCUCAAGCCUUUGGACAAAGACCAUGACUAA